UCUGUCGCCUGGCACUUUGGACGGAGCCAGACUGAGAGCUCCGGUCCAGUCUGCAUUCGGCAGACCCGGGCGGCAAGCGCGCGGGAGCGAGGCCGGGUUGGAUCCGGAUUUGGACCAUGAGAGGGAGCGGAUCCCGGCGCACCGAGCCGUCCUAGGAGCGCGCCCGGCAACAUGAAGACACCUCUGCGCCACGGCGUGGCCAUGCUCCUUGUGCUGCUCCUGUGCGCCAGCCUCUUCCUGGUUUACAACGGCAGUUCCAACAGCAGCGCCAGGGACGCCAACGACACGCUGUGGCGGCCCACCGGGGCCUCCGUCAGGCUGGCCGCGCCUCACUGGCGUGCCCUGAAGGGCUACAGCGGCAUCAUGGACCAUAAGCCUCUCAAGAUGCACUGCCAGACGUGCGCCCUGGUGACCAGCUCGGGCCACCUCAUCGGGGGCGGCCGGGGUGAGGAGAUCGACCGGGCCGAGUGCGUCAUCCGCAUGAACGACGCGCCUGCCGCGGGGGCCUAUGCCGGCGACGUGGGACGCCGCACGUCGCUGCGCGUCAUCGCUCACUCCAGCAUGCAGCGCGUCCUGAGGAGCCGCCAGCAGCUCAUCAACGCCAGCCAGGACACGGUGUUCGUCUUCUGGGGGCCCAGCACCUACAUGAGGCGUGACGGAAAGGGGCUGGUCUACAACAACCUGCGGCUGAUGAGCCAGGUCCUGCCCAAGCUCAAGGUCUACAUCAUCUCCUGGCAGAAGAUGCUGCACUUUGACCAGCUCUUCAAGAGGGAAACUGGCAAGGACAGGAGGAUGUCCAACUCGUGGCUGAGCACCGGCUGGUUCACGAUGACCAUCGCCUUGGAGCUGUGCGACAGGAUCGACGUCUACGGCAUGGUGUCGCCCGACUUCUGCGGCAGGGAGCCCCUGCGCCACUCGGUGCCGUACCACUACUACGAGCCGCGGGGCCCAGACGAAUGCGUCAUGUACAUAUCGCACGAGCGUGGGCGGCGAGGCAGCCACCACCGCUUCAUCACCGAGAAGCGAGUCUUCGCCAACUGGGCGCGGACGUUUGACAUCCACUUCUACCAGCCCGACUGGAUCCCCGCCCCGCUGCCUGCCAACCGGACCCUGGGGGGGAGCGUCACGGUGGCGCCACCGGCGAGACGUGAGACAUGACGGGACGGAGACGGAUGGACGACGAAGCUGUGUCGACUUCUGGAUCCUGUUUGUUUCCAAACAUUCCUCCAGUUUCAUCGCUGCCGUCAAGGCGCCGCACUGCGUCUACGGGAGGCGUUCAAAGUCUUGCAGGGACUUCUUUUCCCUGACAAACCCCCAUGAAGGUGGACUUGUCCGAGGAGGGACCAUCAUCAGCCCUCCCUCACUUGGGAGCUGGUACUGUCAAUCACCGCGUGUGUACCCGGCACCCAUCGCCAAUUCAACUUCAACUUCAGAUGUUCCCCGUCCCAACGAUGGAGGAGGUCAAAUGAAACGAGCUUGUGCCACACAAAGGAAGCGGUGAACAUUUUUAGGUCACGUCCGCAACAAAAAGGCUCAACGUCAUGUAGAAAAGCUUCACCUAGAUCCACUGGCAAGUCCAGGAUUCUGGCAUGUGUACAUCUAGACCAGGGCUCUCAAACUAAAGACCAGCGUAAUGGUGGACGCGGCAUCCCAGCAGGUUCAGUGUUACUCACAGGGGCCCUUUACAGGGGCCCUUUACAGGGGCCCUUUACAGGGGCCCUUCAGGGGUGCUACCACGUGGGGACUGGACUACUUACAGGUACUAGCACAAUAAGGACAAAUACUACUAUGGGGAAUAACACACAACUACAACAAACUUUUUAGGAGCCAAGUACCACAAUGCAUGCUGGGAGCAGCAGCCCAAAUAUCUUCAUCUAUCACCAUAUUGAACCCUACUAUGAAUUAUCAUAAACUCUCGCCUUGUAUGCUUGUAUUUUAUGUUUUAUGCUAAGACACAAUCACCCUAAACACUGCUCACAUUCUACUAAGGCACUGGUUCCCACAGUGGGGCACACAUGCUCCCAGGGUACGUCAAUUGCCAAAGGGGGUACGUGAAUAAAAAUGAAAAACAAAAUGAGCGCCAAACACUCCAAAUUACGAGUGUGCCCGAAUGCCUCACAGAGGAGGAGGCCCUGGAGAGCAGCAGGUUCUUCCCUGCAGUGAUCCAAUAGGCUUUGCAUUACAGUUGAGCAGGACGGCGUGUAACCGCGAGGUGACCACGAUUUCAUGUCUAGAGGGGUCUAACAUUGAUCAUUAACAUCUAGAGUCAUAAAACUACGCUCAAACUACCAAAACGUUCCAGUUAUUAAUACUGAAUCCUACUUGGCGGAAAUUCACUUCUCACAGUCGGUUCUGGAACCAAAUGACACCAUCAUCAAGGGAAGACUGCCAUGCAUUGUUCAUAAAUGAAUUCCCCCCCACCCCCACCCCCGUACCAUGAGCUAUUGGGCUCCUGUCGCCACUUCAAGGGUGAUUUAUGGCGCUACAAGUCAGGCAGCACACGCUGGUGUCACGGCAGACAAGAGGAUGAUGAAGAUGGAGCGCUCCCAUCCAUCUUACUACUUCCAGGUUCACCAGCUGCUGUCAACCUGGAGUUGGAUUACCAUGACGCAACUUCCUUUUCAAAUUGGGGGGCAUGUCACCGCCACCCCCCUCCCCUCUGGCAGUCAAGUGAAGAAGUGAAGACCAUGUUGUAGCCCCCCAGUAGUGAAAUUGGGGGGCUACAAAACGACACGCUCACAAGGCUUGACGUGCGUGUGUGCAACGCAGCAGCGAGGAUCACAGCUUAACACUUUUGGCUUUCUGUUCAUGAGCAUCGUAGGGAGGAUUCCGCUGAGGAUCCUUCUUGCCUUCCUUUCUCUUUCGUUCAUUUAUCCAUCCUUUUGAAGUUGGGGGCAGACGUCUUUAUUAGCUCUUUGUCAUGGGGCCGCAAAAUAAAUGCCACUUUGGGUAAACGGUUCAGGGAAGGCCGCUAGCUGACGUCCUGGUCUUUGGGGAACAUAAAGACCAUAAUAUUACAAGUUCAUUCUGGUAAAAUUGCUCUCAUAAAGUGCUGUUGUUGGAAUAUGACUUGUUUUCCUAAUAUUUUCAAUUAUGGUAAAAUUACAGCUGUGAAUUCCAUUCUUGCUUUUAUAAUUUCCAACCAUUUCAACCAGCUCGGCGGCUGAAUCCCAACAUACUCCGAUAUAUAUAUCGGAUAUAUAUAAAGAUAUAUAUAUAUAUGAAAUGAAAUAAGGUGCUUGCUGUAGUUUAAUACUGACCAUGAACUCCGUGUGCCAAAUCUAAUCAUUUCUCAGUCUUGGGAAAGGCGGGAAAAAAAAAAGAAAAAUCAAUGGAGAGAUAUGGCAUUCUGUGGAAUGUCAGGGAAAGGUUCAUUUCACAGGAUUCAACGUCUUUACGGCAACCUUGUCAGAGCGAGAGUCCAAAUGAAAAGCUACGUCAUCUAAAGUUGUUGAUCCGUGGCCGAUGUUGGUAGAACAUAGAACAUGGCAACUUGAAAAGAAAGCCAGUUUAUUCAUCGACGUGCAUUUACCAUACAAGAACAAAGGAGUUUUAGGUAUCACGGUGAAACACAAACAAAGCGCUGUCUGCCAUGCUAGCAACCAUUCCGUAAAGUGCACGUUACGUAAUGAUGGCAAUGCGCGCAUGCAUGCGUCAUGCUGCUCUUGGCAAACAACCACAAUCUUCUAAAAAAUAGCCUUUUGAAUGUUGGAGACUGAUUGGCGUUCCAAAGGUUCCCUGAAAAGCCGCCCCGUGGGGGGCCCCCGUCAAGACACGCUGCACGGUGACUUGCCCCAUCCAUACAUGGAGGGGGGCUUCCACGGGAGCUCACAGUGAGGCUACCGCAUGACGGGAGACAAAAGCGUAUUGAGGCCACGGCUGAUGAUGAUGAUGAUAGAGAUGCAUGUGGCUUUUAAUCAUCAUCAUCAUCAUCACACUCUGUGUAGCACAUUGUUCCAUGGCUGCUUUCUCACAAGUAAUCAAACUUCAUGACAGCUCAUCUGAUGUCAGGCUGAUUGUUCCCUUUUCUUUUUCCUGUUUGGUGGUGGUGGUGGUCUACACGGGUGGGCGUCAUCUAGCUAGAUGCUAGAAGCGUGGUGGUGGUGGUGGUCUACACGUCUACACGGGUGGGCGUCAUCUAGCUAGAUGCUAGAAGCGUGGUGGUGGUGGUGGUCUACACGUCUACACGGGUGGGCGUCAUCUAGCUAGAUGCUAGAAGCGUGGUGGUGGUCUACA